UAAAAUAGGCAGCCCUGGCAAUGAAUAAGCUUGUUGUCAACUUUUUAUUAAUUUGUUGAAAAAGCAAUCCAAAUUACAGCUGAAUAAUGGUGUUCUACUUCAAAAGCGCUGUGGUGCAGCCACCGGCUAUGUUGUACAUGGGACGCGAUAAAUAUGAGAACGAGGAACUCAUACGCUGGGGCUGGCCCGAGGAUGUGUGGUUCCAUGUGCACGAUUUGUCUUCCGCACACGUUUAUCUGCGUCUGCGUAAAGGACAAACCAUAGAUGACAUACCUAGCGAUGUGCUCGUAGAUGCGGCACAGCUCUGCAAGGCCAACAGCAUACAAGGCAACAAGGUAAAUAAUCUGGAAAUAGUGUACACCAUGUGGGAGAAUCUCAAGAAGACGCCCGGCAUGGAGCCCGGUCAGGUGGCCUAUCAUGAUGAGAAGGCGGUGCGCAAGAUACGCCUAGAGAAGCGCGUCAAUGAGAUUGUCAAUCGCCUAAACAAAACCAAAUCCGAGGAGGAGCAUCCAGACUUCCGUGGCUUGCGUGAGAAACGCGACGCUGCCGAGCGCCAGGACUCAAAGCGUGUUCAGCGUGAGCAGCGCGAAAAGGAUAAGGAAGCGGCAAAGCAGCGUGAACUGGAGGCAGAGCUACGUAGCUAUGCGUCGCUUCAAAAAACUGAAAACAUGCGGACCAACCAUGAUGCCGGCAAUGAAUCUGAUGAUUUUAUGUGAUUGCCAUGACAUCCUCUGCAUUUAUUUUUAGGUUUUUAUUUUUUUUUUUCUGUGUGUGUGUGCAACACAAUUCAAAGAUUACUGUAAAU